AUGGCUAAUGUCGUCAGACGUGCGAGUCUAGUUGGGGCCCGUGACUCUAAGUCCCCAGAAUAUCGCGAAGCGCUGAAGAGAUGUCUCUGUAUGCCCGAUAUGUGGUUUUCGGCCAAUCUCAUAAACGCAAAUGGAUACUUUGGCUGUGAAGCCACUCGCGAUGCGGAAACCAAGAGCAUUACCGGAUUCAAUACUUGGUCUAUGUUUGAAACGAAAUUCCUUAGAUCUGAUAUGACUUAUUACUGGUCUAAAAUCAAAGUAUUUACAAGAUGGUUACCUGCGACGAAACAAACCGCUGUUGUGUUAUUUGGUCCAACCUCCGAUCUGUCAACAAACUUGAUCAAACCUCACUCCAACGAACUUGGAGAUCCAUUUUGGGUAUAUUCAGAAAUCCUGGAAGAGGUCACCCGCCUUCAAGAGGACUCUGUAUGGUCAAUUCGUGACCAUGUUCGACGGAUCGAGAAAGAAAAAACGGAGAACGGGAAAAAGCCUCAACCAGACUACCGAAACCUGCAUGACAUAGCUCGUCAUGCAAUUCACGUCACAGAGUCUCUCGAUGUCGCCGUACAGAAUGUGGCUCACAUCAUAAGACAGCACGAACUAUACGCAAGGUUGUGGACACCAACAGAGAACAUGCCAGACAUCCGUCAUUCUGCAUCUUUUCAGGAUAUCUCCAGUCGUUUAUCAUUCUUUCAAAGUCACAUUGAAAGUAUCCGACAUCGGUCAAUAUCCAACCAGAAGAGACUCCAAAAUGAAAUCCAACUUUCAUUUAACAUGGUCUCUCAGCACGACACAAGUCUCACCGUCGAUAUUAGCGCCGCAGCUCGGUCGGACAGCGCUACUAUGAAGACACUGGCAUUCGUUACUUUGACUUUUCUUCCUCCCACAUUCAUUUCGGCAAUCUUCUCUAUGUCAUUUUUCAAUUUCGACCAGGACGGUGGCUGGAAUAUGUCCAACAAAAUAUGGAUUUACUGGGUGUUUGCUAUACCAAUAACUCUUGGAACUGGCCUACUGUGGCAAUAUUGGCAUAAAAUCUUCCCAGAGGAGGCGACUACUACGCACUUGAGU